AUGAGCACCAACACCAUCAGCAGCAGCACGAGCAGCAACCACUCCACGGCAGCAACCGCCCAAGUGCCUAUUCGAACAUUACCUUCAGUAACUGCCGUAACGAACAGUAGUCAAAUGAUUAAUGGUUCAUCCACAUCAUCCUCACCUCAAGAGUUAAGCGCAUCAUCAAGCCACCAGCAACAUCCGAUGUUGGCUUCAUCCACCACCACCACCACGACGACUACGACCUCACAACAAGCAAUAACACAUAAAAACAAUUCAGAAUCAUGGCUUGUCGAUCAAGCCUUAUCAUGUUUUGAGAACGUAGGACCUGGUUCAACGAUGAGUCAUGACGAUCAUCACGAAGGUCUAAUGGGAAUUGCAGCUCUUGCUCACCAUCACGAACAACAAAAUGCUUCCGUAGUGGAUCAUGUGAGCGAUAGUGACAAUGAUGAAGAUGAUUUCACGAGCAAUCCCGCAGCCAAUCGAGUGAAUGAAUUAUUCACACUCCUCAGAGAAGAAGACAGUGAUGAAGGAGAAGGAGACCACGUGAGUUCUCUUCCACCUCAACAACACUUGUUGAAAAUUGCUUCUGCAUCACCUGCCAUGAACAAACAAACACCUCCCGAGAGUGACUUGUCCACCAAUAGAGACAUGAACACAACUUCCACGAGAAGGAAAGGAAGUACCACUCCCAAAGUAAGGGGUAAAACAUCAGCAGUGAAAAGAGGUGCUGCCAGAGCACGAGCAGCAGCAGCAUCAUCAUCGACUAGUUCUGCUGCAGGAAUUGCUCAAUCCGCAACGAAUCCCUCAACCCAUCAAGAAGAUAUGAUGGAAGAUGAAGAUUUUGCAGAUGCAGGAGCACUCGAACAUCACGACGAUGAUGAUUAUGUUGCUGAGCAUGAUGAUGAAGAUGAAGGUGUUGUACCACAACAACGUAAAAAGAGAGGAAGAAGAAGCGUUGGAACAAGUCCAAUGCCAUCAGGUGAUGUCAAAUUCGUAGAGAAUGCUGAACCUGAGGAAAUUUCUGAAGAUGAACUCAUGUAUUGCGUUGUUUGUAAGAGAAGCAACCUUCAAGUCAACUUUAAGAAGAAUUAUACGAUUAAUACUGGUAAUUACAAGACUUAUUGUGACACAUUUCCACAGCAAGCUGAUCAAAUUCCAAAACCAAAGGAUGGAGAGUCAUUGAGCGUGUGUUCAACAUGUUACAACAAGCAAUGGAGAUUUGCUCGUGGACAAUAUGAUCCAUUCAAAAAUCGUGCCGUCAACAAGAGAGAAGGUUUGAAAAAUCCACCAAAGCUUAAGGAUGGUGUGAAAACUUCACCAAAGCUUGAAUCAUCCUCUGAAUCUUCCACUCCAACACUUGCCAUGACCACUCUCUCUGCUGAAGAUCAAGCAGCUGCAGCAGCACUAAGCACCCCAUCUAAGAGAAAAGUGAAGAGAAAAGUCGGAGAACAAUUAGACGAAAAUGGUGCUGAAGCCAAGACAGAAGAUGGAACCACUCCACAAAAGAAGAAGGUGAAGAGAGCUACCAAGGCGAAAAAGGAAUUACCACCUGUUCCUACACCUUCAGGAAGUACCACAUCCACUGCAGGAAUCGUAACACAAACCACCCCUUCUAAGAGAGGAAGAAAAGCUAAAGCUUCGACUCCAGUCAGCGCUGCUAAUGGUGGAAUUGUAUCAUCCUCACCAGCAAGCAGUUUGAAGAAGGAAGAUACUAUUUCACAACCAACCCUUCCUCAAUCAUCAACAAUCUCUUUGUGUGUUUCAUACUCGGUGAAACGUGCUGGUGGACAAGAAGACACAGUUUAUCAAACCAAGAUGGUUCCUCACAAAUGUCCUGAGAGCGUUGAAGAGUUCAAGACAAUGAUGAUGGAAAGGCUCACACAAAAGAAGGGUGACAUUUAUUCCUUUGAUUGUGCCUAUUGCAGUACUACAGAUCGUGCCAAUAACCCAUUCAAAGUCGAGAUUGACGACUUCUUCUUUAAUGACGUCAAAUUGAAAGACAACGAUGCUGUUCUUGUGUAUGUCAAUGAGAAGACUCAACAACCUUCAGAAACUCCUCAACAACCACAACAAUAA